CAGUAUUAGCUGGCCACCAGACACACACACAGGGAGAACAGAGAGAGAGGGGAAAACCCAAAACCCGAAAAAUAUCUUAAUUGCUUGCUUUGGUUACUUUAAUAUUAUUUGUUUCUCUGCUUUUUCAGCAAAAUAAUCACUCCUUUCGUUUGAAACGAGGGAAAGGGAUGACUGAAUUGUCGUCAAAAUUGAUUUAGCGAAGACGUCUCGUCGACCUCAAUUCAUUCCUGCUUCUGAGUUUUUCUAUAAUUUUCUUGGGUUUUUAUGAUUAAUACCUUAAUUUUAAUUCUCACUGUGAUUAGUCCUUCUCAUUCUGCCUCUGAACCAUGCAAGUUGCCUUGGGCACAAGAUUUGAAGAAUCUGAAAGGUACCCAUUUCAUUUGAAGAAUCUGAAAAGUGCCCAUUUCAUCUCAGGUAGUUGAUACUUGUUUCCGAUUCAAAAUUGGAUUGACUGUGGUGAUUUCUAGGGUUUCUGGAAAUAGAUAACUUCGAUUUGGAUCUCAAUUUUGUUGGGUAUCUUUUGUACCCUUUAAUCAUUUCUUGUUAUGUCGGCUGAUCACUGUGGUUCUAGCUUACUUCUAGCUUUACCAGACGAUGUCUUUGCCAUCGUUUCCCGUUCCCUCUCUCCGAAGGACGUCUGCUACCUCAGCCUGUGUUGCAGAAGCCUUUAUGCUUUGGCAUCCUCAGAGAAGGUGUGGCUCUCCCAGUGUGAGAUGGUUGGUGUUAUUACUGAUCGGGAUCUUGUUGAGUGGCGCAACGGUGUCUCCUCUUACAAGGCCCUCUGUAGGUUUCUUGUUAGUGUUCGGCCCCUAAUUGGCAUCUGGGUACACCAGAACCCAGAGCUUGGCAAUGUAGUUUAUGUGAUGCCAGGUUUUGUAUCUGUUGUUGGGUGCCGAAUCAUCCCUCAAGAGCUUGGCCCAUUGGGGAUUGAAGAUGGCCCUCUCUUGUGGGCACCGGUUUUUGAGAUAAUUGGCGAUUUUGAUGGCUCUACUGCAUUCUUCUUACAUGGUCGAGAGAAGGAUACUGAUUACUUCUAUCCUGGUUUACUCAAGCCAGUUGAAAGGGCUUGCAAUGUGCUCUUGCUUGAGGUAGAGCCACAACAGCAGUUUUGUGGAGGGAAAACGUUGCAUAGUAAGAGCUUUAUUCAUUCUGAAAGGGACCUGUCAAGAAAGAUUAAUAGGUCUGAUAGUGGAAUUUCCAAGUCACAAAGAAUAAUUGGAACAACCAGGCGAAUGGUACCCUUCAGUAGAUUGGCAUUUGGGGACAGACGGAAACUGCUUGAGGUCGUUACCAACUUGGUUCGGUUAAAUGUCCCUGAUUUGGCAAAUGGGCCUCUUUUUCCUGGCUUAAGGGAUGAUGAUGGAAACUUUCAGAAGGAUAUGGUGAUCUUGUCAGAGCGCCGUUUGAUGCUUAUGCAGAUCUACAAGCUUGGUGAGGGUCGCAUUGAUUGGGAAUCGGCGCCUGGACUGCCUUCAGAUCGUACUAGGAUGGAAUUGAGCAAGAUCAAGAAGAGUCUUGAUCGUUCAGGUUCUUGGCAGGUUUCUGCUAAUGGGGAGGAGGGUCACUCACAGAGUACAAAGAGGAGAACUGUAGCUGGGUAUUUUAAGGAUAGCCUGAAACAGAUCCUUGGGAGGUCCAUCUCUGUCAAUGGUCGUGCAAGUUCAAAGAAUUGUACUUCGAGCAGUGAAACUAAGUAUGCACAGCUUCAUGAGUUCCUAAGGUCAGGUGACAUGAUUGGGCUGAGCUUACAUGCUUGUACUAUGAAGUUAUCUACUUAUCGAGCCUGGCCAAACAUGCAUGACAACCGGUUUGCCCUGUACAAGUUGCCUAUGAGGAUCCCGAAAGCUGGUGAAGAGUAUGCCGGCCUGUGGGGUGGUACCUUUGGCUGGCCUCCUGGGAGGCCUACUGAAGACAAGCCUGGGAAAGCACUAUUCUUUCUUUUGCUUUCUUAUGAAGAGUCGGCAGGUCAACGAUCUCUCAUUGCAACCAAAAUAUUAGAAGGCACCCAUUAUGUCCUUCAUCCCAAUGGCUCCGCAAUGUUUAUCGUAAAAGUUGACGAACCAUCACUGGAUUCAUUCCCAUGGGACACCGAUGGAGAUUCUGUUCCAGUGGAGGUAAAACAUGCUUAUAAUGGGGAGGGUAUUGCAAAUGGCUAUGGUUUCAGAUAUCCUGGCGCUAAGCCUGGUUCACUAUUUGUGAUUCAAAAUGAACUCCUUGCAUUCAUUUGGAAGGAAUCCCAAGCUGUCCUGACCUUGCAGAGGCUUGACCUACAAGAGCUCAUUAAGAAGGGUGAAAGGGUGCCUGUUUUACCUCCUGUUGCUAACUUUUCAUAUUUGACAAAAUCUUACUCGAAUGUGUUUGCGGGUUUCUCAAACACCUCGUAUUGCUUGUCUUCACCAAGGUAAUAUCAUUCUUCGGAUUGUAUGGAUUUGGAAUUAGGAGACAGGUAGAGUCUUUGGUGCAUGUUCAUAUCCUCUCUGUUUACAAAUGGAAUCAUCUGACCGGAAGCUCGGCCGUAGCAGUUGUUCUUCAGAGGCGCAGAUAUGAUUCAUCCUAUGAUCAUUUUAUUGCUUCCAACAAACAGUCACUUAUCAAUGACAAAGUACUGUUCGGUACAGUCAUGAUAAUGAGAAAGUGCCCCUGGGUUACUCCUAUUUUAGUUAAUAUAUGGUGAGGUAAUCUUGUGUAAAUUUGAUGUGAGAUCAUGCCUAACAGAUAUAGGGUGAUACAUAUGAAAAUAAACAUUGGAUAUUUGUAUCCUGCAUGGCUGAGAUCAAUUAAUGCUUGAUAUAAUAAAGGUCCUUAAUGUAUUUUUACUGGAGCA